GGCCUCUGAGCGUCGGCGGUGGUUGCCAUGGCGGCCGCCUUGGGGCUGGUCGGCGGUCGGGCUUGGCGAGUGCUUCGCGGCUCCGUCUCAGGUGUGAGCAUCCGUUUCCUGAAGAACAGAACCCAGCAGGUUAGGGUUCUCCCUGCUUGUUUCUAUGGAAACUCUGCCCUGGAACACAUCCUUGGGAUUGCUAAAGAGGAAGCAAAAUGUUUGGUGGGCCAGCAUCCUCCUCCAUUGAACGCUUUUCAAGCUGAGCAAGAUAAUUUGCUGGGGUACCAGCCAGAUCAACCUGAGAAUCCCAAAGUCUUGAGAGUUGCCAUCAUUGGAGCUCCGAAUGCUGGGAAAUCAACCCUCUCAAAUCAGCUCUUGGGCCGGAAGGUCUUGCCGGUGUCGAAGAAGGUGCACACAACAAGGUGUAGUGCCCAGGCUGUCAUCACAAAGGAGGAUACUCAGUUGGUUCUCUUGGAUACUCCCGGACUCAUCGCUCCAGCCAAAGCCAAAAAGCACAACUUGGAAAAAUCUCUCCUGGUGGACCCUUGGACGAGCAUGAAGAGUGCAGACUUAGUGCUGGUGCUUGUGGACGUGGCAGAUCACUAUACCCGGAAUCAGCUCCAUCCUCAGGUGUACAGGUGCCUCUCAAAGUUCUCGCGGGUUCCCAGCAUCCUUGUCUUGAACAAGGUGGAUUUGCUGAAGAAGAAACAUCUUCUUCUAGACCUGGUAGUGGAACUCACUGAGGGAGUUGUCGGUGGGGAGAAGGUUCAAGUCACAUCUUUGUCAAGGGUGUCCUCCAGAACCCCCACUAUAGGCAACUCCCAUGAGAGCACCCAGGCUUCUGUGGCUUCUGAGGUUACAACUGAAAAGUCUGGGUUGCCUGCAGAACAGAGCAGCCCCCAGGCGGGUUCAGAUUCAGACACCAGAGCCAACGGCAUUAUGGAAGAAGGUGGACCUGCGAGAAGGAGCCUGGGGAAACAAAAGAAGAAAUCCAAGAAAGGUUGGCCCCACUUUCAGGACAUCUUCAUGCUGGCUGCCAUUAACAGAGAGGAGGUGGAUACGCUGAAGAGCUACCUUCUGAUGCAAGCCAAGCCCGGCCCCUGGGAGUUCCACAGCGAGGUCCUGACCAGCCAGUCUCCUCACGAGGUCUGUGAUAACAUCAUCCGUGAGAAGCUGCUGGAGUAUUUGCCUGAGGAAGUGCCCUACACCGUGGAGCAGCAGACGGAAAUGUGGGAGGAGGGACCCAGCGGGGAGCUGGUCAUUGUGCAGAAUCUGAUGGUCCGGAAGGAGUCCCAUUUGAAGAUGCUGAUUGGCUCACAUGGCCAGCUGGUCAGUACGAUUUCCCAGGAAGCUGUUCGUGACCUGAUGAAUGCUUUCCUGUGCGACGUCCGCCUGAAGCUCUGCGUGAAGCUGAAGAAAUGA